UGUACGUGUCUCUAUUUGAAAUAUGUGCACAGAGAAGGCCUUUGCGUAGGUGGGAUUCCUUAUUUCCUUAAGCGAAGUGGAAAACUGAGACAAUGAAACCGGAUGAUGCGAGACCUAUUUGCCAGUGUGUUAUAGUGAAAGAUUUCUUAAAUUAAGCAUAUAGUGUUUCAGUAUUCUAACACAAUUGUGCCGCUUUUAAGGCAUAUACUGUUUGCUAGAAGGAAGCUCGGUAUACUUAUUUAUGUUUGAAAACCAAAUUUAAUACUCAUGUUUAGUGAAAUGAUUGCAAGAAUGUGCAGAUAGUCCGAAGGACACCGAGCUGAACGGUAUCUACCCUAAUCACUUAUAUAGCCGCAGUUGCAAUACAGCAUUAGGAAUACAUCGCCGGGACCAUUUGAGCCGGGGGGUCUUGUGGUACUCUUUGUUCGGAAGCUGCGUGCAAGAAGGACGACCUGGCUGGAUCUACAGUUUUACAUUUGAUUUGUCGUGCAUUUGGUUUUGCAUAUUUUCCUUUAUUUUUGCCGCUACAAACAAGAUCAAUCAGGAAUUGGUACAAACAGGAAUUAAGGUGCGGUUUUCGCGUGAAAGGGGUGCAGGUAACGAGGAAGGUUGGUCGUAUAUUUUGGCUUGGGAUUCAAAAAUGAUGAUUUACGUUCUGCUUUAUCUGAUGGAAUUGACUGCAAAUUAUAUCAUUUAAGGACGAUCAAAUGUCCUAUUUUUCUGCAUUCACAUAUAGCCACUAGGGUCCUCACUGGAUCUUGCUCUGAGACAAUAACUGUAUUGGGAGACUUUUGGAAAAUAUCUAUGUGGAGACAGUACUGCGCCUCAACAUUCCUGGAAAAUUAACGACACUGCAUACAGGAUUCUUGAUGCGGAAUACCAUGGAACGACUUGUGUUUUGUGCGUUGAUGUUUGGAAUGUUGGUGAAGGGGCAGAACUGCCCUGGCCGGUGCAUCUGCCAGAACAUCUCUCCCACCCUCACCCUGCUCUGUGCCAAAAAAGGGCUCCUCUUCGUGCCGCCUACCAUCGACCGAAAGACAGUGGAGCUGCGGCUGACAGACAAUUUUAUCACAAUCAUUCGAAGGAAAGAUUUCUUUAACAUGACCAGUUUGGUCCACCUAACCCUGUCCCGAAACACCAUCAGCCAGAUCACCCCCCAUGCGUUCGUAGGACUCCGUUCCCUGCGUGCCUUGCAUAUGGAUGGAAAUCGCUUAAGUGUCAUUAAGACCGACCAUUUUAAAGGACUUUUCAAUCUCCGACACCUAAUUCUUGGGAACAACCAAAUUCACUAUGUGGCUCCCACUUCUUUUGAUGAGUUUGUAGGCACUAUCGAGGACUUGGACCUCUCUUACAACAAUCUGAAGACUCUUCCUUGGGAAGCCAUUGCCAGGAUGACAAACAUCAAUACUCUAACUCUGGACCACAAUCUCAUUGAUCACAUUGAGGCUGGGACCUUCACCCUCCUUGCUAAGCUAGUACGCUUGGACAUGACUUCCAACCGGCUGCAGAAACUGCCCCCGGACAGCCUGUUCCAGCACGCACAGGUUCUGUCAGAUGCUAAGGGCUCCAACCCCUCUUCGCUGGCCGUAAGCUUUGGUGGAAACCCCCUUCACUGCAACUGUGAACUGCUGUGGCUCCGACGGCUCACGAGGGAAGACGACCUGGAAACAUGUGCCUCUCCCGAGCACCUCAUGGAUAAAUACUUCUGGUCCAUCCAGGAGGAGGAGUUUAUCUGUGAGCCUCCUCUGAUCACCAAGCACCAAGUCAGCAAGCCCUUCGUAAUGGAAGGCCAGGGGGUGACACUAAAAUGCGUAGCUAUGGGAGACCCCGACCCCACCAUCCAUUGGCGCUCCCCUGAUGGAAAGCUUGUGCACAAUAAUUCCCGGACCAUCCUGUAUGAGAACGGCACUCUGGAUAUUCUCAUCACCACCCUCAAGGAUAGUGGGGCCUUCAACUGUGUGGCAUCCAACGCUGCAGGAAUCGCAACCGCGUCAGUAGAGGUCAACAUGAUACCACUGCCCCUCUUCGUCAACAGCUCCAGCCAGAUGAAAGCGACAGACCCUGGAUUGUCUGAUAUCACCACUUCCUCUAAGUCUGGUAACAAUGACACAAAGAACCAUGACAAGAGAGUAGUGGCAGUUGAGCUGACGUCCUCUUCGGCUAUAAUUCAAUGGCCAUCGGAGCGCCACAUCCCAGGCAUUCGUAUGUACCAGAUCCAGUAUAACAGCACCUUGGAUGACACUCUGGUGUACAGGAUGAUCCCCUCAACAAGCAAGACUUUCCUGGUGAAUGACCUUGCAGCUGGCCGGGAGUAUGAUCUGUGUGUGCUGGCAGUCUACGAUGACGGCAUCACUUCCCUGACGGCAACCCAGGUAGUGGGCUGUGUUCAGUUUAGCACUGCCAGUGAAAACAGCCAGUGCAAAUUCAUCCAUAGCCAGUUUUUGGGUGGCACCAUGAUCAUUAUAAUCGGAGGUAUCAUAGUUGCUUCUGUGUUGGUCUUCAUCAUCAUCCUCAUGAUCCGCUACAAGGCGUACAGCAACCCGAAUGACGGCAAAUCCAAGGUCAGCAGUAUGCAGUCACAAACCAACGGUAAUCGGGGUGACAUGCAACGUUCCACCUCCAAACAAUAUACUGAAGAUGACUACCAUGCCGGACAAGUGGCAAAGGUGGUUAAAGAGUGCAAAGCACUGGUGUUAAAGGUAGAUGCUGAUAAUCAGGAGGUGCCACUGGCCACCACUGCAAUUUUAGAGGUGGAGUUACCACUUCCAGGACCAGCAGACCCUGACAGGGCCAACCGAAGAAUGAGCUUAGAUGCCCAACGCUCAGGUCUUGCUGAGAAUAACCACAUGGACAGCAGUCUAGCGGGUUCCACCUUGUCUCUUUGUCUCAUUGGACCAAGUGCAGGCAACAAGGAAGUCUCCAAGCUAAAGGACAAGAAAAGUGCCCUGGCCAGCCUGUUGCCCAGCGAGCUGGCACGAACUAGGCACCGGUUCUCCUUCGAUGGGGAUUAUUCCUUGUUUCAGAGCCACAGUUAUCCCCGGGCACGGACAAGGAGACACAUGUCCUCCAGUCAGAUCAACGUAGACUCUUCACCCUUAAACAACCGCAGGGUAACUUUCAGCAGCACAGAGUGGAUGCUGGAGAGUACUGUUUGAAGGCCUUUGCCUGCCUUCCUCACUCCCCAUCCUGGGUACCAGGGGAAAACUGUGCCCAUCCAUUCUGCAGCUGUGCCUUAUUGACAAAUGUACUAAUGGAGGAUGCUGCUAAGUCUGGUCAUAAUUUGUUUCACUUUGACAUGUGUUUUUUUUCCACUUUUUGUGCUUUCUAUCUGAUGCCAGGACUGGCAAACGGAGAUAACUUUUUAUGGAAAAAAAAUAAUUAAGAGACAGAACUAAGAACACACGGAUGUGGAUGUUCAGAAUGUCAGCAAUUUCUCUUGGAAUUAUUUUAAAGCUUUUGCACAGAAGACACGAGAUAUAAGGACAAGAAUCACAAAACGUCUUUAUAAGAGCGUAUAUUACAAAUGUCUAUACACAUGCAAGAUUCAUAACAGCAUAGAGAAGGUGAAUCUGCGGACCCUGCCUUGCUCAUAUGACUAUAUGAUAUUGAUAGGUAUUGUUUCUGAUGUGACUGUAAGAUAUUGAUAGGCAUUGUAUCUGGCUGGUCUAGAUAAAAACAGCUAAUUACAAAAUAUAUGAAUAUAUCAAAUAUCUGUCUGUGUUAUAAAUAUAGAAGUCAUAUGUUACAUGUCGUUUUACAAAAAAAUUUGAUUGUUAACCACAAGUUUUUACAUUACAAGCCUGUGCCAUCACAAUCCUUUAUUCAGCAUAUCGAAGUUCCAGAUUCACGUAUCCCUUAAUAAAGAGUAUUAAAAGUUUGUGUCAGUUAAUUGUUCCAUGUGUUACUUUUUGUUUUUUCCUUACGUAAAAUUUUUAAAUCAACUGCUAAUAUGCAUUGGAGGUAUGAAAGGUAAUGAAGGGCCUUUAAAAUAAUUACGAAAUUCACUGUUGAGAAACAUAUUAUAUAGUAAUUACAUUGCUACAUUUAUUUAUAGUAUAUAUUUUUUGUUAGGAACAUUUGAAAAUUUUAACAUAUAGAAUAUAUGAAAUAUAUAUGGAGUAAACAAAGGAAAAGCUGUAUAAUAAUAUGCAUUAGGGAGCCACAUUGUCUGAGUGCGUAGCAAUAUGAUGUCACACCUAAUGCGUUAGGUGUUUGACUCCUGGCCCCAGCCAUGUAUGUCUGCAGUUUGCAUGUUCUCUCAAUGUUCAUGAGGCUUUCGUCUGGUUACUCAGAUUACCCCCUGCCGACAAGCACUUAGGUAAAUUGGCACCUCUAAAUUACGCGCAGCGUGUGUUUGUGUGAGUAGACGUGUGCCCUGAGAUGGACUGUCUCCUCACCUAGCAUUCCUUUGUCCCCUGCUUCAUGCCCUGUGCAUUCUGGGAGAGACUCCAGGCUCCCCAUCACUCUGUACUGGGCAAACUGUUAUAGAAGCUUGAAGCAUAAUACAAUUUCAUAAGAUCAUAUAUUAACUAUAAUAUUGUAGAUUACUUGGAAACAAAUAACCUCACCCUUAUAGUGCGCAUUCCUAUAACGCCAAAGAAUUAUUCCUCUCUGGUACUGUGGAACAGUAUUUCCCAACCUGGAACCAAUGGGAGCUGGGAGGGAGCAAAAAUGUGGACUGUCUGGGAGGGAGCAAAAAUGUGGAAUGUCUGGCAGGGAGCAGGGAGAGAGCAAAAAUGUGAACUGUCUCGCAGGGAGCUCGGAGAGAGCAAAAGUGUGGUCAGUCUGGGGGUCCCCGAGGACCAGAUUGGGAAACAGUGCUGUAGAAGAGUACCACAGUGACUUAGAGUUUGCAUGUUCUCACAGUUGUUAUGUGGGUUUCCUCCCACCGUUGAAAAAAUGCAGUUGGGCAAAUUGGUCAAACCGAAAUAGACAAAUGAAUAUGUGCUCUGCAAUGAACUAGUAUUAUCUCCAGGGUGACAUCCUAAGUUCCAGGCUCACUGUAAUUCUGUACUUUGAUGAACGGUUAUGGGAAGGGUAAUGGGAUCACUGGUCAUGAACUCUUUUUGAUAUCAGGUGUUUAUGAUGUUAUAUGUUGAGUCAGGUGUUUUAUUAAUAAAAUCGUAUCUGUACAUGUGCUGUGAGCUGACUGGCUAAGGGUAACCCUUGUCUUUAUCGGGCAGUGGGUCUAAAGCCUCCUCAAACACUUGCACAAAACUUUUUGUAUUUUCAAUAUGCAUGUUUUCCAUUUCCAGAUAACAUAUUUCAUAAGGAUCUCUUUGAUUCCCGUUGUGUACUACUUUAACACAAAAAUCACAAAUGUUUUAAAGCGUUCUGGAGAGGAGAUGUUUGUUUUUAGCAAUCAAUCAUCUAAUGGUUGGUUUUUAAUUUUAUAAUUAUUUUUUUGUUUGUUUUUUUUGUUAUUAUUUAUUUGUACUC